UCCAUUCAUUCAUUCUCAUUUCUCUCAAUUCACUUGGAUAUGAAGGGCGUAGGAAAACUCAAACCUAGCUGUCUAUUAUAUACUACUAUUUGGAAGAGAAAGUUUUCAGUUGCACAAGGAGCAGUAGAUUCUGGCACCAAGUCUCAAGUCCCUAAUAACCUUAAUAGUAGCUUGCAACAAGUAGACACCGAAAUAUUUGAGUUGAUAGAACAAGAGAAAAGAAGACAAACUCGUGGAAUUCAACUUAUUCCAUCGGAGAAUUUUACGUCUCGAGCAGUAUUGGAAGCAAUAGGUUCUUGUUUAACCAAUAAAUACUCUGAAGGCUAUCCAGGAGCAAGGUAUUAUGGAGGAAAUCAGUUCAUAGACCAAGUUGAGUCUCUUUGUCAGAAAAGAGCGUUGGAGGCCUUUCAUCUUAACCCAGAAGAGUGGGGAGUGAACGUACAAGCACUGUCUGGUUCACCUGCUAAUCUUGCAGUCUAUACAGCCUUAUUGCGUCCACACGAUAGAAUUAUGGGCUUGGAUCUUCCUCAUGGAGGACACUUAUCACAUGGGUUUAUGACUGCUAAGAAGAGAGUCUCUGCCACAAGUAUCUUUUUUGAGUCUAUGCCAUAUCGAUUGAAUGAAAGUACUGGGCUAAUAGACUAUGAUAAGUUGGAAGAAAAUGCCGCUCUAUUUCAUCCCAAGUUGAUAAUUGCAGGAUUCUCUGCUUAUUCCAGACAUUAUGAUUAUGCAAGAAUGCGUAAAAUAGCCGAUCAAAACGAGUCCUAUUUGAUGGCAGAUAUUGCACAUAUAUCUGGUUUGGUUGCUGCAGAUGUCGUUCCAUCUCCAUUUCCUUUUGCAGAUGUAGUUACAACUACCACACACAAAGCACUACGUGGUCCUAGAGGCGCUUUGAUAUUCUAUCGCAAGGGAGUCAAAGGCUACCAAAAGAAUAAUCCAAAGGAGCCAAUCUAUUAUGACCUGGAAAAUGCUAUCAAUAGUGCAGUAUUUCCAGGUUUGCAAGGGGGUCCUCAUAAUCACACCAUUGGUGCCUUGGCAGUCGCAUUGAAAUUGGCUACUACGGAAGAAUUUAAAGCAUAUCAACAACAAGUUUUAAAGAAUUCCAAACGUCUUGCAACCAGGUUACAGGAACGAGGAUAUCAUUUGGUUAGUGGUGGUACUGAUAAUCAUUUAUUAUUAGUUGACCUUCGCCCUAAUGGAAUGGAUGGAGCUAGAGCAGAAAGAGUGUUAGAAAUGAUUUCUAUAGCAGUAAAUAAGAAUACUGUUCCUGGUGAUAAGAGUGCUUUUACUCCCGGUGGCAUUCGAAUGGGUACACACGCUAUGACUAGUCGUGGACUGUUAGAGAGAGACUUUGAUAAGAUAGCUGAAUUAGUGGAUGCAGGAGUUUUAUUGGCUGCCAAAGUGAAGAAGAAUUCUGGUCCAAAACUCAAAGACUUUAAGGAAGCUUUGGAAAACUAUUCAAAUGAAAUUGAAAACCUGAAGCAACAAGUUGAAGAAUUUGCUUAUAGUUUCGAUACUGUAGGUUAUACAAAACCACAAUAGAAUGGAGUAUCUCAUCAUCUUAUGGUUGAUUUUUAAGUCGACGGUUGCAAUAAAAAGUGGGCUCAGAUGCUUUGUAUUUUCCAUUAUUUCU